GAUUGGGUGGCUUCCCUGUGGAAGCAAGGGUUGGAUCCGCAGCUCUCCACGUUGCUUCCUUCUGUUUCAUUCUGCGCUGCCCCCCUUUUUUUUUUGUGCAGCGCGCUUUGCAUUUCGAAAGUGCCUCUGCGGUGCGUGCAUGGGGGUUGUUGUUGGGUUUUUUUGUUUGAUAUAUUUAACAGAUCGGACUGGUUUUUUUUGUUUGUUUGUUUUUAAAUCUUCUUAAUGGUUUUAGUUAAAGUGGCGGUUUAGAUAUGACACGGAAGUCUUGAGAUCGACCGAAGAAAGAGAAGAACUUGCGUCCAUUGCAGAGAGAGAGAGAGAGAGAGAGAGAGAUUCAGGGGAGAGUGAGAAUGGAUCCGCCUCACUCAGAGGAAGUUUCUGAGAUGGAAACAAAUCACAUCAGCCCAGAGCUUCCUGUUCGAUGGGUUGUUUCUGCAGACAGGACUGUUGAGAUCAAGGAGGAAGUGACUGAGCUGGGGUGCGACCAGGCCAAUGAGCGGAUCCUGCAGGAGGAAACGCCACCUUCUAGCAUCACUGAGAGAGGUACGGAUAUGAAGCGUCCUGGACUGGAACCUGAACUUGUUAAAGGGGAGAGUCCUGUACUUGAAUCAGCCCCUGUUAAACCAGAAGCAAUCAAGCUUGAGGCUUUAUCAAAUGAAGGAGAGACGCCUUCUAACAUGUAUGCUAAUGGAAAGGGUGGGGCUAAGCUGGGCUCCAUUCAUAGGAAACGUCGCAUCUCCCAGCUGGAGGCCAUCCAGAUGCAUCCUUCAUCACAACAGGAACCAAGGUCUUCCCGUAUGCACGUCCCGCCAUCGUCUGCGGCCGUUCGAUUCAGGAUGGCGGCGAGUAACCACAGAGAAAAAGAGCAGCCGUGUGACGUGUUAACUUCAUCUCAUUCCAAGGAGAAAGAGGAUCUCAUACCGAAGAAAUGCUCUUCUUCAGCAGUUUGGGCUUUCUUCGGGUUCAAAUCGACCGACGUUAAGCAAACCACCAUACUUUGUAAAAAAUGCUGGAAUGUCGUGCCGGCAAAAGGAGGCAACACGUCAAACCUGUUUCAUCACCUGAGGCAUCGGCAUCCAGUGGAGUACAGAAAAUGCAUCGAGAAGCGAUCGUCUGACAAGCCUGGUAAACACGCGGCCAUCGAAAACCUAACCUCGGUCUCCGAGUCCGUUUCUAACGUCGCGCCCUACGAGCCAGACAGUAAACGGUGGAAACAAAUUACCGAUGCAGUAACCUAUCACCUUGCCAAAGACAUGGUUCCUGUCCACACUGUAAAACAAAGUGGCUUUCAAAAGCUGUUAAAAGUCAUCGACAAGAAAUACCAGCUCCCAAGUCACAAGUAUUUUUCAGAAACGGCUCUGCCAGCGUUGUACGAUGACUGUCGUGAGAGAGUAGCUGAUGAGCUGUCCCGCGUGCAAUUCUUUGCGAGUACCGCUGACCUGUGGUCAAGCCAGAACGCUGAGCCGUACGUUAGCCUGACUGUACACUACAUCGGUCCUGACUGGAGUUUACGCAGCAGGUGCCUACAGACGUCAUACUUCCCGGACGACCACGCUGGUGAAGCAAUCGCACAGGGUCUGCGAGAGGCGCUCUCUGCCUGGGGCUUGAGCGAAGAGCGGCAAAUCUGCAUCACUACGGACAGCGGAGCAAAAUUCAUCAAAGCUGUACAACUCAAUGCAUGGAAAAGACUCCAGUGUUUUGGGCACAGGCUUCACCUUGCUAUUGAAAACAGCGUGAAAGGUAAUAAGCGCAUAGACCAUGCCAUUGGUGUGUGCAAGAAGCUGGCGAGCACCUUCUCUUGCAGCUGGAAGAAAAGAAAAGCACUGAGUGUAGCUCAAGCUGAGCUCCAUCUUCCUCAGCACCAGCUGAUAACAGAAACACCAACCCACUGGGGAUCACGCCAGGAAAUGAUCCAGAGAGUGCUGGAACAGGAAAAAGCAAUCGCGCAGGUCCUAGCUGCUGACCGAAAAACCAGGCACCUGGUGCUUUCGUGGCAGGACACGGACGUGCUCCAGUCGUUGACUAAGUCUUUGAGCCCUUUGAUGGCUUUCACAGACGUUCUGUCAGGUGAAAACUAUGUCAGUGUCUCCUAUGUCAAACCCGUCUUGCAUCUGCUUAACAACAAUAUUCUGGCUGUGGAGGAAGAUGACACUCAACUCGCAAAGUCAAUCAAAGAGAAGAUUCUGAGCUACCUGAACCUGAAGUAUUCCAGUACAGACACCCAGGAUCUGCUUGACGUUGCCUCUCUGAUCGACCCUCGAUUCAAAACGCAGUACGUCAGCGAGGACAAGCUUGCAGCAGUCAAAGCAAGAGUGGUGACAGAAGUGGAGUCGCUGCUCCAGCAGGACGUGCGCUUUGCUGCUGGAGCCUGUAACGCUGAAACCGAACCUCAGGGAGUACCUUCUAAAAAACUGAAGACCUUGGGCAGCCUGUUCAAGGCAAACCCGUCCGGACCUAGCGCCCCCACACUAGUGUCUGAAAAAGACAAAAUUUUACUAGAGCUAAAUCAUUAUCUACUUUCUCCUUUGGCUGACAGCGAGUCUGAUCCAUUGAUCUGGUGGAAAGCUCAACAGGCUAACUUCCCAAGACUCUGCAAACUGGCACAGAAGUAUUUGUGCAUACCAGCAACAAGUUCUGCUUCUGAGAGAGUCUUCAGCACGUGUGGUAGCGUUGUUACAUGCAAACAGACCAGACUGAAACCGGAUGCUGUUGACAGACUUGUGUUUUUGGCAAAAAACAUAUAAAAUGUGAUGGACAAUUUGCAAAAAGAAAACCCCUUGAUCAGAACGGUAACUAUAUCGUGAUGUAUGUCUUGAAUAUCUCAGAUAUCAUGAUGUAUUUUGAGGUGUCGCCCACCUUCACCCUGCGUGACAACAGUGUUAGAAAAAAAAAUGUCCAGCAUCUUCACACAGGAGAGAAACCACACCACUGUAAUAUGAGUUGUACUCGGCUGCAACACUAAAGCGACAGCAGCAUCUUCACACAGGAGAGAAACCACACCACUGUAUAAAUUGCGGGAAGAGAUUCACACAGCAGUGAAACCCUAGCCAUUGUACUGAAUGCAGGGAAAGGUGUCGUUUGGUGGAAAGUGGAAAGUCUGAAGCGAUUUAACUUGUGCGAAUCAACUUGUAAGAUUACUCUGACAUGCGCUUCAAUACUUAAGUAUAUUGGAAACUAGUAAAAAAGCAUAUCAAUUGUAUAGGUCUUUACACACCUAGUACCUUGACAAUGUUAUUUAGACCCGGUGUGCGUUAAUUCAGUAUUGUUAACUACAUUUUAAAACACAUAAGAAAAUGGCUUGAAACCAUAUUGAAUUUCGAAGUUAUUUUUUAUGAUUUUAAAAGUGCUAAAGAAGUUUAACAUCACGGGCUCGACCCUUUUUUUGCUCCUGUGUCGGACCAGGUCCGACGUUACAAUUUACCCUUUCCAGUCCGAGGUCUGGACCCUGUCCCGACAUCAUCAAAAAGACGUCAAGCACAGGUCUCUAGUCGUUUUUUUCUCUGGAAAAAGCAAAGAAAACCUUUCAGUGGCUGAGUGAGACCGAUAGGAGCCCAAAUGAAGCCCCCAAAAAAUCGGAGCAAUACACAUAGCCCCUUCACCACAGAGAUAACACCGACACAAACAAAGGAGAGAGCUGCUUCUGC